GUGACGUUCAGGGAAGGUGGGGGCAAUCAUGGUGCCGCUGGGGAGGGGAGAAGCUGCCGCUGCCGCCGUUGCCGGGAGCCGCGGAGACAGGUCAUUAUCUUUCCAUUUCUCACAAUUGGGCUGAGCACGAUUGAACCAUGGGGGAACACAGUCCAGACGACAACAUCAUUUAUUUUGAAGCAGAGGAAGAUGAGCUGACCCCCGAUGACAAGAUGCUCAGGUUUGUGGACAAAAACGGACUGGUGCCUUCCUCAUCUGGAACUGUUUAUGAUAGGACAACUGUUCUCAUUGAGCAGGACCCUGGCACUUUGGAGGAUGAAGAUGACGAUGGACAGUGUGGAGAACACUUGCCUUUUCUAGUAGGGGGUGAAGAGGGCUUUCACCUAAUAGAUCAUGAAGCAAUGUCCCAGGGUUAUGUGCAACACAUUAUCUCACCAGAUCAGAUUCAUUUAACAAUAAACCCUGGUUCCACGCCCAUGCCAAGAAAUAUCGAAGGUGCAACUCUCACUCUGCAGUCGGAAUGUCCAGAAACGAAACGUAAAGAAGUAAAGCGGUACCAGUGCACCUUUGAGGGCUGUCCCCGCACCUACAGCACAGCAGGCAACCUGCGCACCCAUCAGAAGACUCACCGAGGAGAGUACACGUUUGUCUGCAAUCAGGAGGGCUGUGGCAAGGCCUUCCUCACCUCCUACAGCCUCAGGAUCCAUGUGCGAGUGCACACGAAGGAGAAGCCAUUUGAGUGCGACGUGCAGGGCUGUGAGAAGGCGUUCAACACGCUGUACAGGCUGAAAGCACAUCAGAGGCUUCACACAGGGAAAACGUUUAACUGUGAAUCUGAAGGCUGCAGCAAGUACUUCACCACACUCAGCGAUCUGAGGAAGCACAUCCGAACACAUACAGGAGAAAAGCCAUUUCGGUGUGAUCAUGAUGGCUGUGGGAAAGCAUUUGCAGCAAGCCACCACCUUAAAACUCACGUCCGUACACAUACUGGUGAAAGACCCUUUUUCUGCCCCAGUAAUGGCUGUGAGAAAACAUUCAGCACUCAGUACAGUCUCAAAAGUCACAUGAAAGGUCACGACAAUAAAGGACACUCAUACAAUGCACUUCCAAAUCACAAUGGAUCAGAGGAUACAAAUCACUCACUUUGUCUGAGUGAUUUGAGCCUUCUGUCCACAGAUUCUGAACUGCGAGAAAAUUCUACAGGCCAGGACCUCAGCACAAUUUCACCAGCAAUCAUCUUCGAAUCUAUGUUCCAGAAUUCCGAUGACACGGCAAUUCAGGAAGAUCCUCAACAGACAGCUGCCUUGAUUGAAAGUUUUAAUGGUGAUGCAGAGUCAGUCAGUGAUGUUCCGCCAUCCACAGGAAAUUCAGCAUCUUUAUCUCUCCCGCUUGUACUGCAGCCUGGCAUGUCCGAGCCUCCCCAGCCUCUGCUACCAGCCUCAGCACCGUCCGCUCCUCCGCCUGCUCCUUCCCUAGGAACUGGUUCCCGGCAAGCUGCAUUUGGCAACCCCUCUGCUCUCUUCCAACCUCCAGAAGUGCCUGUCCCCCACAGCACACAGUUUGCUGCUAAUCGUCAAGAGUUUCUCCCGCACCCUCAGGCCCCGCAGCCCGUCGUUCCGGGACUCUCUGUUGUUGCCGGGGCUGCGGCAGCGGCGGCACCACCAGCUGUGGCGGCACCGCCCCAGUCCCAAAGUACUACUGAGCCCCUGCCGGCCAUGGUCCAGACUCUGCCCCUGGGCGCCAACUCUGUCCUGACUCACAACCCCACGAUCACCAUCACCCCGACGCCCAGCACAGCCAUCCUACAGUCCAGCCUGGUCAUGGGAGAACAGAACCUACAGUGGAUCUUAAAUGGUGCCACCAGUUCCCCGCAAAACCAGGAACAAAUUCAGCAAGCAUCUAAAGUCGAGAAGGUGUUUUUUACCACGGCAGUACCAGUAGCCAGUAGCACAGGGAGCUCUGUACAGCAGAUUGGCCUCAGUGUUCCUGUGAUCAUCAUCAAACAAGAGGAGGCAUGUCAGUGUCAGUGCGCGUGCCGGGACUCUGCCAAGGAGCGGGCGGCGGGCAGGAGGAAGGGCUGUUCUUCCCCACCCCCUGCAGAACCGAACCCCCAGCCUCCUGACGGGCCCAGCCUGAAGCUACCACCACAGACUUUUUCCUCGCCCCCUGACCCCCUGUCGACAUCCUCCGCUGUACCCUCUUCCUGUGAGCAAAGCAGACAAGCCGAGACUCCGUCAGACCCUCAGACAGAAACGUUAAGUGCCAUGGAUGUGUCAGAGUUUUUGUCCCUCCAGAGCCUGGACACCCCGUCCAAUCUGAUUCCCAUUGAAGCACUACUGCAGGGGGAGGAGGAGAUGGGCCUGACCAGCUUCUCCAAGUGAAAGGGCCACGUGCGCUCACCUCCAGGAAAGGAGGAGCGAGCGGGAGGCGGAAGGGCCGGCGUCCGUCUCACUGGGGGUGGGUCAGCAGUUCAAAGGAUGAAGAAAUCUACUGUUUGAAAUCCCCACCUUUCAGACGUAUUUUCUUUAGUCAUAUCCCAGGAGCAUCCAUUUUAAGGAACUGAUCUUUGGAAAAAAAAAAAAAAAACCAACAAAAAAAAACAAAACAAAACAAAAAAAGCUAAGUUAUAAAUGAACUGUUUGGCUGCACUGUAUGUCACUUUUGCUUAUUGUCAUGUGAACUUGGAAACUAAGGUUACUCGUAUGCAUAAACAUUCGAAAUGAAAGGGUGUGGCUUCCAUCAGUCUGAUGCUGCCCAUCACUUGCACUGGGGUCUCUGUGGUUUGGGCAGCGGAGUUCAGUGGGUCGGGUGUUGCUCCUCCCUCCCUGUGCGUCUUUUGAGUCUGAGGCCGCAGCUGGCCUGGGAGGUCAGAGCCUGGCUCCAUCAGAGGGGGCGAUGCCAAGGCAGGUCAGACAGCCGUGAGCCAGACAGGGACUGGGUGAGGUGGUUUUGUUGUUUGCUGUUGGUGUCAGUGGAGCUCAGGGUGGCUAUGGCAGGUGUCACCCAGCAGUGGGUUGCGAAAAGCCUGGCCCGAGGCUGUGUGGGGGAUCAGGUUCUCCGGAGGGCCCUGGACGAGCUGUUGACUGCUGUCUGUCAGUGCGUGUGCAGAGCAGGCUC